CGGAAAAUAGCGCCACCAUCGGUGGGAUGCUUCCCGACACAGUCAAGGACCCCGUUGGGUAUUUCGUCAGUGCGAGUCGGCCGGGGGACGACGGUGGGUACAGCAAAGGCGUGGUCAAAGCGUACAACGAGCAGCACAGCACCGUGCUCGUUCGAUUCGACGACGGUGAAGAAGCGUGGUUUGGCCCCGAUGACAAGCUCACGUAUUUGCAGCAAGCAAUACAACCGAAUUCACCCAAGCACGACCACGCCCCCGUUCCGUCGAAUCCACUCCAGUGGAAAGUGCGCUUGUCCAGCGGAAAGAAGGGCCUGGUCGUGGGGUACUCGGCGCCCCUGGCCCACAUUGCGAUGGAAUCUGGAGAAUCAAUCUACCUCAAUAUCGCCACCCACGACGUUGACUUUUUGUACUGCACAUCCAUCUUUCAGUUCGAGGCCACUCCACAACACCCCGAGACGGACGACAGCCACGAUCCUUUGCUCACGACGUUGCCUCUCUUCGCCAAACAAUUCGAUGUGACUGACGUACGGACCAAGCUGGCAACGUAUCGAUCCAUUCUCGAGCAUUGUCAGAGCUCGCCGACGUGGCAAACCAAACUUGGCACCGACCUCAAAACCUUGGAAAACGAGCAUCGGCGGAUUCAUUUUGUCUUUCAGGACCUACAGGCCGAUGAUCGCGGUCUGCGACUGGCUGCGGCGCGGUGUAUUUGCGCGCUGGCGUACGAGAACGAGGCCAAUCAAGCCAUGAUGAACACAGAGAAUGGGCUCACAGUCGACUGGCUGCGGGUGUUUUCGAUCCCGUCCAAGUUCCAGCAACUCUAUGACGACGACUGCCGAGCCGAGUGCAGAAUUCCGGAUCAAGAAGAUUUCAUCCAGUUCCUGACCAAGUUGAUCCGAAACAACAUGGCGUCCGUCGCCGCAAGUGUCUACAAUUACUACGAUCGAGCGACCCAUCUCCCGCGCCUUUGGUGCUAUCCGCGAGUCCACGGAAGUCUCCACGAGUGGAGCAGCGUACCCGAUCCCGAGUGCCACUUUAUCGGCUACAUCUUGACCCCCCGAUCGACUGUCCAUCUGCCCAAACACCUCACGAGCGCCGACAUCCAGGACAUCGCCGAUCUUUUCACGCCAGACAAGUCUGUGAUGACGCUCCUGAAGACGGCGCAGGUCGUGCACGCGUCAAUACCUCAUCCCGUGAACCGUUUUGUUUUGUACGACGCCCUCAAAGCAGUUCCGGUGCUCGCGGGCGUCCUGGACGACAGACCGCCCCUUGCCGGGUUGGUGCAAUCGUUUGAACAAGCGACAGACAUUGCGUGGAGGGAUCUGUUUGGGUAUUUGACGACGCGAGUCCACAUCGACGUCCUAACGAGAAACUGGGGCGACAAAUUCAUACCAGAGCUCUUGCGGGUCUUCACCUCGCUCAUUCCCCUUUCAAAUCCAUGGAUCGAUCAUCACAGUUGGGUGUGGCAGGCGCAGCUUCGCGAUGCGUUGCAGACGAAUGCCAUGUUGAACGCCGUCCACGUGUUCCAUGAGGUGUUGGAUGAAGGGGAGGCCCCCCUGCGGUUAUUGAUGGCGCUGACGCACUUGCGACGGAUCGAAGUCCCUCCGCCACCAAAAUCAAAUCCCAAAAAUCGACGAAAGUCGUCCAAGGACCAUCGCGUGUCGCUCGCAAUUGCGUCAGCUCAGCAAGCCGUUCAAGCACUCAAAGCCACUCAAGCUAAACACCACACCGAGUCAACGUUCCAAAAGCACAUAUCCGACGUGAAUACCAUCACGACUUAUGUGAGCCAAAACGCGCAGAAACUCCACGAUAAAGUCAUGCAGCAUGCCCACACGCCGCUCGUUCUUGCGCCGAUCUGCACCAACCUGGACGAUAUCGUGUCGAGCAUGCAAAACACCAAGCAUCAGAGCCAGCAGGACCGAGAGCAUGUCGUCCUGACCAACAAAGAGCGUCUCGAAGCGCUGGAGAAGCGCCACCAAGCUGCUGUCGAGGCCAAAAAACAAAAGUGGCAGCAGCAGUGCGACGCUAUCGAGGCCGCCAAGCAGCAGAAGAAGCGCGAGGUGCACGCGAGAAACGCGUCCAAGAUGGCCCGCGUCCAUCAAGAACGGACGGCUCUCGAGCGCCGCCACGACCAAGACGUUCGAAAGCUCGAGCAAAAGGUUGAAAAGAUCAUGAAGAGUCCGCGCCAUUCGGUGGCCAAGCUCGCGAUCAAGCCCCAUCCCCCUCCUCCAAAGCAAACGGAUGCAAUCCUACCGACACCUCCUGCGACGGCAAUGAUCCCCAAGCACUUGACCAAAGGCGCCCGUCCCCAGAGCGCACGGGUCAUUCGAGAUCGCACGAUCGCAUUUGGGAACAUGGUGUCCAAGCUCCACACGGUUGAAGUCCUUGUCAAAAAAGAGCAGACGAAGGCCAUGUGGCGCCACCUCCACAGCGAGAACAAGCGCUUCCAGCCACCUGCUCCGAGUGUUGCCAAGUGCGUCGACAUCGAAGGGGAAACGCUGCAUCGCACAAAACUCUCGUUCGCACCGCCAGCGCAGCGCGCCAUCACGAGCCUAGACCUGCCCUUGGCGAACGAAGCCGCAUGCAUCAAGCUCGCGUCGGAGCUCAUUCCACCCGCCGUGAAGCCCCCCGACAUCGACGACGACAGCUCGACGUCGUACUGCAUCUUGGCAAAAUACAACCGAACACUGGACGAGGAUCAGCGCCAGCUUUUCAAAGCUCGGUUCUCGACGAACAACGUGAAACUGAACCACCGCCUGACGUUCGCCGUCCAAGAGCAGUACGUCCACAUGGCUCGGCGCAAUCAAGCGUGGGGGGCCUUCUGCGCCAGCUCCCGCAUCUACUCGGACGACCCCGAGCAGCUCAAGCGCACCGAGUUCAUCACCGUCGCCAAAAAACUCGGAAUUGUCCUGCGCGACGAUGCCGAGUACGAAACCGUGUGUCGGCGGCUCGACAAGAACUUGACAGGUUUCCUCGCGUGGAGGGACUUUUACGAGUGGUUUCUGGACCAGGACCUCAAGCACGCCAUGGGGGGGGUGGACCGGCGGGUAACGUCCUCGUCGAUCAGUUAAUCGUUGAGCGAAGGACUCGUCAAAACAAACAUCUUCUUUCGAGCACCCGCCACGUUUAUCAGGAACCUUUGCUGCUUGAAAUGGAUGGCUACGCAGCUUUCAUCCCCCCGGCGACGGUGUUUUGCUCCGACAGGGUCUUGGUCUUUGCGCUGAACUUUUUGAACAAUUCGCUAUCCUUGGCCACUCUAUCGUCCCCGUUCUUGUACAAUACAGCCAAAUUGUGGCAGGCUGGCGCGUAAUUGGCGUCGCAAGAGGCUUCGAGGUACGCCUUCGCCUUGACAACGUCGCGCCGGAGACUGUACUUGGAUUGCUUCGUCAAGUACAUGCUUCCCAGCCGAAAACAGCUCCCUCCUUCGCCAGCUUCGCACGCUUUAUCGAGGGCGGCGAUACCUUUAGGAACAUCCUGCUUGCAACAAUAAACAGACGAUAGCAUGACUCCCAAACGCAUUACCAGAUCACCACCCAUCGCGUUGAGGUACAUGAGGCCAAGAUGGUGACAUCCGUGGAUGUGCCCGCCGUUGCAUGCCUUUUCUACAUGGCCGUCAGAUGUAAAGGGGCCACGAACACGAACCGAGCGCAGCCUUGGCCAUGGCAUCGUCCAUCUCGACCCCUUUGCCCGCGACUGCACACCAUGGAGUGAGCAACGACAAGUUGUGAGAAGGUCACGUACGAAGAAGACGGCCAUAGUUGAAGCACGAGGCGGCAUAGUUCUUCGUGUCGCAGUUCUUCUUGUACACGACCGCGGCGUCGUCGUACUUCUUGUCCACUACAGCCAGCCAUUCGCCGAGGCUGUGGCAGGCGCCGGGGUCUCCUGCAUGCUCCAUUGAGUCACAACCACGAUCAUGACCUCGCUGUUUACCUUUUCCCUCGUCGCAGUUGGACACAAACUCAUACAGACGCUUCUCCAGGUCUUCAUUCAGCCGCUUCGUUUCAUCCGCGCUCUUGUCGCUCAUGAUGAAACGUGAUGAACCUGAG